AUGGCGGAGUCGGAGGAGGAGGUGGACGUCCUGGUCCAGAGAGUUGUCAAAGACAUCACUAAUGCCUUCAAGAGAAACCCCAACAUUGACGAGAUCGGCGUGAUCCCAUGUCCAGAGGCUCGUUACAACCGCAGUCCCAUUGUGUUGGUGGAGAACAAGCUGGGUGUAGAGAGCUGGUGUGUCAAGUUCCUGCUGCCAUAUGUCCACAACAAACUGCUGCUCUACCGCCAGCGCAAACACUGGCUGGACAGGGAAGCUUUAGUGGAUAUCACCUGCACACUGCUGCUGCUGAACCCAGACUUCACCACUGCUUGGAAUGUCAGGAAGGAGCUGCUGCAGUGCGGAGUUCUUAACCCAGAGAAGGACCUCUACCUGGGCAAGCUGGCCCUCACCAAGUUCCCCAAGAGCCCGGAGACGUGGAUACACCGACGCUGGGUGCUGCAGCAGAUCCUGCGUCAGGUGUCUGCUGUGGGCCGCAACAGGAAGCAGCAGCAGGGUGAAGUGGAGCAGGCUGAUGGAGGGAGGAGCCAGCAGCUCAGUGAUCACCUGGCCAGGACGCUCCACCAGGAGAUGAAGGUGUGCUCCGAAGCCGCCUGCCGCUAUCCCAGCAACUACAACGCCUGGUCCCACCGCAUCUGGGUGCUGCAGCACAUGGCCAAUGGCAACGUCAAGGUUUUCCAUGAUGAGCUGUCCUCGAUGCGCCUCUGGGUGUCCAUGCAUGUGUCUGACCACAGUGGCUUCCACUACCGCCAGUUCCUGCUCAAGGAGCUGAUCACUGAGCUCUCCCAGACUCCAGCUUCCACCACUUCCACCACUUCCACCACCUCCACCACCACCUCCACCACCACCACCACCACCACCACCACCACCACUACCACUACCACCUGUUCACCGCAGCACCGUUCCAGCACAGACCCCAGCACCAGCCCCCUCCAUCACAGCCACGCCCAGGCUAACGGGGAGUUGUCAGGCGCAGAGGCAGCGGGGGAGGAGGAGAGGCAGCCCAGCUCCACCACGGUCCUGCAGCUCUUCCACCAGGAGAUGGAGCUGUGCUCAGACCUGAUCCAGUCCUUCCCUGGACACGAGACCCUCUGGAGUCACAGGCGGCAUGUGUUUUACCUGUGGCACCACUGGAGGAUGGACCACCAGCACCACUGCAGUAGUAAUGGAGGCAGCCAGUCGGUCCACCUCAGCGACAGCGACCCCGACCUGACGGAGGGCGGAGCUCAGAGCUGCGCGGGGCGGGGCGACAGCGUGAACGGACAGAGGCAUGUUAGUGAACCUAUGGAGGUGGACAGGGCGUCCUUACCAGACCCGCGUGAUAGCAAGCGACUGAAGAGAGGCGUCCAGCUGCCGGCCCCCCCCACCCUGCCCUCUGAGCACAGCUUUGUAAGCGGCGUCCUGGACAGGUGCUCCAACCCCGAGCAGAGACGCUUCGCCCUGGCAUACAGGAAGUGGUUAGACACUGUCAUUGGUCAGCAGCCUUGAGACAGAGAGAGAACAGUUAGCCCCAUCCUGUCUUUACAUUGAAGUUGCCUUUAGACACAGAUGUAGGAUCAGCUUCCCCACUGUAGUGCUGACAGUAACUAAUAGUUGUUCAAAUGCAGUGUUGACUUUAGGAAGCCCAGGUUCUGUCCUGUCCUCCUGACAGUGAGUAGAGAGGAUGAGGAUGGGAUGUUCUUCCUCAGAAACAUCUGGAUUCUUUUGAGCUUCAUCUGAGCCAGUGCUCCU